CCCACCUCGAGACGGGGCCCCGGGCCGGAGGGCGGGCUGGGCCAGAGCAAGCAGGCGACGAGCCGCCCGCCGCCCGCUGUUGCAGCGGCAGAGCUUCACCGGGCCAUGGAGUCCCCGAACCCAUUGCCACACCUCUCCCCUCCCCUCCCUACAUGAACAACGCCGUCCUUUUUUUUCCUGCCCUCCUUCCUCUUCGUCGGCUUGAUCUUGUUGAUCCCUGACUUAUAUCCUGUCCUUUCUCUCUCUCUCUCUUCCCCCCUCCUCUCUCCCUCCUCCUACCCCUCGAGCGUGGUCGGGUGACCUUCACGGCUUACACAGUCCCACCACACGCCCGACGCACAACACAAUGUCGUCGUCCUUCACGAGGGUCCUUCGCCCCGCGCUGCGUAGCGGACGCGGACUGGCCACGCGGGUUGCGAGCAACAGCAGCCGAAACGGUGCGGCCAGGCAGGCCACGCGGGCGAAUGUUGCCGCCGCUCGCCCCCUCUCCACGACGGCCGCCCGCCGCAGCGACUCCUCCUCCUCACCGGUCGACAUCACCGACAUCCCCCCCACGCCCAUCAGCCACCUGUCCGAGGUGGAGGCCGCCAUGGCCGAGUCCGUGUCCAAGUUCGCGUCCGAGGUGGUGCUGCCCAGGGCGCGCGACAUGGACGAGGCCGAGGCCAUGGACCCGGCGCUCGUGGAGCAGCUCUUCGAGCAGGGGCUCAUGGGCGUCGAGAUACCCGAGGAGUACGGCGGCGCGGGCAUGAACUUCACCUCGGCCAUCAUCGGCAUCGAGGAGCUCGCCCGCGCCGACCCCUCGGUCAGCGUCAUGGUCGACGUGCACAACACGCUCUGCAACACCGCCAUCCUCAAGUACGCCUCCCCCGCCCUCAAGAAGAAGUGGCUGCCGCGCCUCGCCACCAACACCGUCGCCUCCUUCUGCCUCUCCGAGCCCGUCUCCGGCUCCGACGCCUUCGCCCUCGCCACAAAGGCCACCGAGACCGAUUCCGGCUUCAAGAUCAGCGGCGGCAAGAUGUGGAUCACAAACUCCAUGGAGGCCGACCUCUUCAUCGUCUUCGCCAACCUCGACCCCUCCAAGGGCUACCGCGGCAUCACCGCCUUCCUCGUCGAAAAGGGCACCCCGGGCUUCUCCAUCGCCAAGAAGGAGAAGAAGCUCGGCAUCCGCGCCAGCAGCACCUGCGUCCUCAACUUCGACGACGUCGAGGUCCCCAAGGAGAACCUGCUGGGCGAGCGCGGCCAGGGCUACAAGUACGCCAUCGCCCUGCUCAACGAGGGCCGCAUCGGCAUCGCCGCUCAAAUGACGGGCCUCGCCCUCGGCGCCUUCGAAAACGCCGUCCGCUACGUCUGGAACGACCGCCGCCAGUUCGGCUCCCUCGUCGGCGAGUUCCAGGGCAUGCAGCACCAGAUCGCUCAGGCUUACACCGAGAUCGCCGCCGCCCGCGCCCUCGUCUACAACGCCGCCCGCAAGAAGGAGGCCGGCGAGGAUUUCGUCCGCGACGCCGCCAUGGCCAAGCUCUACGCCGCACAGGUCGCUGGCAAGGUCAGCGGACAGGCCGUCGAGUGGAUGGGCGGCAUGGGCUUUGUGCGCGAGGGUCUCGCCGAGAAGUUCUUCCGCGACAGCAAGAUCGGCGCCAUCUACGAGGGCACCAGCAAUAUCCAGCUCAACACCAUUGCCAAGCUCCUGCAAAAGGAGUACACCAACUAAAGCAAACCGCUUCCUCAAGACAUUGGACAGAGAGGGGCCAGUCUAUAUAAAUCAUGUAAAACGAACCAACCACACCUAGAUUCAGUGUC